AUGUAUAAGCAGUCGCAGACCGUCGCGAACCAUCGCAGCGUCGGCUCGCAGCGCAAAGCAGGCGUCGCACGAGCUGCCAAGCGACAAUCUGGAAGCAGCGCGAAACAGUCGCGUGGCAGCAGGAAGGCCGCCAACAAACCUUCUCCGUCCAGCGCGCCGAGCCGGCAGCAGCAGGACCGCUUGAAUGACAGUCAAUCAAGUCAACCAAUUCAACCAGAGCGGCCAGAGAAAUCAGCCCAGGAAAUUUUCGAGUUGACCCAGGCGUCAAUGAAUUUGAGUCAAUCAGGUCAAUUGAGUCAACCGGGUCAACCGUCGCCAUCCAUAGCUACACCUGAUACCUCUCCACCUUCUCCUUCCUCUUCCGAGUCAACUAAAAAGCCACCGCCGAUAGCUGCACCCGUCUCUCCAGAUUCUACUUCCUCUUCCGCCCCUGCUGCCCCUGCUGUCCCUGCUGCUCCUGUCGCUGUCGCUCCUAGAGAGGAGGUUUGGCGGGCGUGUCUAACCACUUCAGGAGGCUUGGCCGUAGCUGGGCUGCUGGUCAGACAGCUAUCCGCCUGGGGGCAUGACGCUGGUGCGCCCAUCACUGACUGCUUUCAAGCCAUGCCAUUGAGCCUGUCACCAGCCAGCGUGCCGUUCGCCCUCGCAGCAGCAGCCAUCGUGUCAGCAGCUCGCCUUGCUCUGCUGCGCCUCUCUCCAGCCUUCCAACACACCGUGCCGUUCGCCCUCGCAGCAGCAGCCAUCGUGUCAGCAGCUCGCCUAGCUCUGCUGCAUCUCUCCCCGGCCUUCCUUGCUGCCACCCAUGCCUCCUAUCUCACCCUCUACACUAUCCCUCCGUUGCCCUUCAAUUCCAGCCCCCCCUCAGCGCCCAUUCAACCCCCUUUCACCCCUCUCCACCCCCCUUCACCCCUCCAUCCAACCCCAGUGACCCUAUCACCAGCCAGCAUACCGUUCGCCCUCGCAGCAGCAGCCAUCGUGUCAGCAGCUCGCCUCGCUCUGCUGCGCCUCUCCCCGGCCUUCCUCGAUGCCACCAAUGCCUCCAACACACGGGCCCUUUCAAACCUGCAAGCCACGGACCUCAUCUGGGUGUCGCUGCUUCCAGGCAUCUCCGAGGUGCGUGCUGCUUAUUUCAAAGGCUGGCUGGUGUGCACUCCGUUCCAUACUCUGCUGCGUCUCUCCCCAGCCUUCCUCGAUGCCACCAAUGCAUCCAACGCACGGGCGCUGUCUAGCCUGAACGCCACGGACCUCAUCUGGGUGUCUCUCCUUCCAGGCAUCUCCGAGGAGCUGCUCUUCCGAGGGGCACUGCUGCCGCUGGUGGGGGUGAAUGCAGUGGGGGUGAUAGUAUCGGGGGCUGUCUUUGGACUGCUGCACGUCACGGGCGACCGCAACCUCACCUUUUCUGCCUGGGCAUCAUCCGUAGGGUGUGUGUAUGGCGUGCUGGCAGUGGCCACGGGGCAUCAUCUGUGGGGUGUGCGUACGGCGUGCUGGCUGGCAGCGGUAUCAUUCACCCCCCACCCCCCUUUGCCCUCCUACCACAGGGCAACGAGUGUGGGGUGUGUGUAUGGUGUGCUGGCAGUGGCGACGGGUGACAUGGCCAGUGCCAUGCUCGCUCACUCCCUCGCCAACCUGGUGUCUGCUGGCUGGUGGAAAUGGCAGCAGCAGGAGCAAUAG